GCGGGGUCCGAGGAGGACGAGGAGGAGGGCGACCCCGAGGAGCACCCGGGGUCCGAGGACGACGGCGACGAGGAGGAGAUCAUGGAGGAGGAGGAGAACGAGGACGACGACGACUCCGACUACCCCGAGGAGAUGGAGGACGAGGACGACGCCAGCUACUGCACCGAGAGCAGCUUCAGGAGCCACAGCACCUACAGCAGCACCCCAGGCAGAAGACGACAGAGAGUGCAUCGUCCUCGUUCUCCAAUAUUGGAAGAAAAAGAUGUCCCAUCCCUCGAGUUUCCUAAAUCCUCAGAGGACUUAAUGGUGCCUAACGAACAUAUAAUGAAUGUUAUUGCCAUCUAUGAGGUACUACGGAACUUUGGCACUGUUUUACGACUGUCUCCUUUUCGUUUUGAGGACUUCUGUGCUGCUCUGGUAAGUCAGGAGCAAUGCACACUUAUGGCAGAGAUGCAUAUAGUGCUUUUAAAAGCAGUUUUACGUGAAGAAGACACUUCAAAUACUACCUUUGGACCUGCUGACCUCAAAGAUAGCGUUAAUUCCACUUUGUAUUUCAUAGAUGGAAUGACGUGGCCAGAGGUUCUGCGGGUAUAUUGUGAGAGUGACAAGGAAUACCAUCAUGUUCUUCCUUAUCAAGAGACAGAGGACUAUCCUUAUGGACCAGUAGAGAAUAAAAUCAAAGUUCUGCAGUUCUUAGUGGAUCAGUUUCUUACAACAAACAUUGCACGUGAGGAGCUAAUGUCAGAAGGCGUUAUCCAGUAUGAUGAUCAUUGUAGGGUUUGUCACAAACUGGGGGACUUGCUUUGCUGUGAAACUUGCUCAGCUGUGUACCAUUUAGAGUGUGUGAAACCACCUCUUGAGGAGGUACCAGAGGACGAAUGGCAGUGUGAGGUCUGUGUAGCACAUAAGGUGCCUGGAGUAACUGACUGUGUUGCUGAAAUCCAAAAAAAUAAACCAUACAUUCGACAUGAACCCAUUGGAUAUGACAGACACCGACGAAAAUACUGGUUCCUGAACCGAAGAAUUAUUAUAGAGGAAGAUUCAGACAAUGAGAAGGAGAAGAGAAUCUGGUACUAUAGCACAAAGAUCCAGCUAGCGGAGUUAAUUGAAUGCCUAGAUAAAGAUUACUGGGAAGCUGACCUUUGCAAAACUCUGGAAGAAAUGCGUGAGGAAGUUCAUCGGCAUAUGGAUAUUACAGAAGAUCUUACUAACAAAGCACGUGGUAACAACAAAUCUUUCCUGGCUGCAGCAAAUGAUGAAAUUUUGGAUGCUCUGAGAAUUAAAAGAGGAGAAAUAGUGGAAGAUAAAAAUUCAGUAACUGAUGAAACGGAGAAGGCCAAAAAUGAGGCUGAAAACAGUGGCCAAACAGAUCUGGAAAAAAGCAAGGAGGAAUCUGCAGACCAACUACAGGACAAAACUGAGGAAACGUCACCUGAACAAGAGUCAGAAAAAGGAAAAGCAGAAGAGCCAACAGUCGUUGGGGAUAAAAGUAUCUCUGUGACAUCAAGCACUGAUGGCAACACCACAAAUCCUGCAGGAGAGACUAGUUCCUCUGAAGGGAAGAACACAGUGGGGUCUCAGUCAGAAACCUCUGAUAGCAACCAUGUGGCAGAGAAGAAGGUGGCAUCAGAGCUCCCCCAGGAUCUCUCAGAGGAAACUGGUGAGAUGAUUCCCAGCAGCAGUGCUAGUGUAUCCACUGUGCCCCUGCAGUCAAACUUUGAAAACAGCAACAGCAGUGACCUGAACUCCAUGCAGAUGUCUGAAGAUGCUGAAAAUGGCGAAAGAGGAUCACAGACCUCAGAGGAGACAGCAGAGAAAUCGAAUGGUGAAAGAAGUGAUUCUCCAGGGACAGGGAAAGGUACCCCUGGUUCAACUCGAAUGGUCACCAGACUACGAAAUCCGGAUAGUAAGCUAAGCCAGAUGAAAAACCAGCAGGUCGCUGCUGCAGCACAUGAAGCAAAUAAGUUAUUUAAAGAAGGCCGAGAGGUUCUUGUGGUCAACACCCAAGGAGAAGUCUCUCGGCUGAAUGCCAAGAAAGAAGUUGUGAUGAAAGGAAAUCUCAACAAUUAUUUUAAGUUGGGGCAAGAGGGGAAGUACCGUGUGUAUCACAAUCAGUAUGCCACCAAUUCAUUCGCAUUGAACAAACACCAGCAUAGAGAAGACCACGACAAGAGACGGCACCUCUCACAUAAGUUUUGUCUGACUCCUGCUGGAGAGUUCAAAUGGAAUGGCUCUGUACAUGGGUCCAAGGUUCUUACCAUAUCCACUUUGAGGCUAACUAUCAUUCAGCUAGAGAACAACAUCCCUGCAUCAUUCCUUCAUCCCAACUGGGCUUCCCACAGGUCUAACUGGAUUAAGGCUGUCCAAAUGUGUAGCAAACCUAGAGAAUUUGCACUGGCUCUGGCAAUACUGGAGUGUGCAAUUAAGCCAGUUGUCAUGCUGCCAAUCUGGCGGGAGUCCCUGGGGCACACCAGAUUACACAGAAUGACAGCAAUUGAGAGAGAGGAAAAGGAAAAGGUGAAAAAAAAGGAGAGAAAACAGGAGGAGGAAGAAACAAUGCAGCAAGCUACUUGGGUGAAAUAUACCUUCCCUAUCAAACAUCAGGUUUGGAAACAAAAAGGAGAAGAAUAUAGAGUAACAGGCUAUGGUGGUUGGAGCUGGAUUAGUAAAACGCACGUUCAUAGAUUUGUGCCUAAAUUACCCGGAAAUACUAAUGUCAAUUACAGAAAAUUACUACCAACAAAGAAUGAUGAUGUCACCAUUGAAAAUCGGUGUGAACUGGAUAAAAGAAAAAGUACAACAAAAGUAAAAAUAGAGACUGAUUCUUUGAAAGGCAGAAUAAAAGAUUCUCAGGAUCGACAAGCAAAGGACCAAACAGAAAUGAAAACUUCUGAAAUCUUGGGGAAAGUCCAACCAAAGGAAGAAAAUAAAUUGCAUGAAGAAAAAGUGAAAAUUGAUAUCAAUUCUGAAAACCUAGAUCAUGCAAAAGACAAAGUGGAAAAAGACACUGAGUCUGAAAAUGAUAAAGUCAUCAAAGAAGAACCCAUGGAAGUGGAUGACAUAAAACUUGAAUCGCCUACAAAAAAUGAGGAUGGUCAUUCUAAAGUAGAUAUAAUCAAUGUCAGCCAGGGCUUUCAUUUAAGGACGUGCUACAAAAGGAAAGUAAAAUCAUCAAAAUUAGAUGGACUGCUUGAAAGAAGAGUAAAACAGUUUACACUGGAAGAAAAACAGCGCCUAGAAAGAAUAAAGUUGGAGGCUAGUGCUAAAUCUAUAGGCAAUAUAUCUUUAAGCCCACAAAAAAACAUAGAUGAGCCACAAACAAGUAAAUUAAAAGAAGGAAGUCAGAUUGACAUAUCUCUCCAAGAUAGAGUUCAUGUUUCAGGUAAGAGCCAAACUGAAGAUUCAUUUCAGGACUGCUUGCCAACCAGCAGUGUCUCUUGUACCAAUACCAGUGAGCCAGAUCACCCGUCUUUACCUUCCUUGAAUAGACUCUCAAAAAUAGAAGAUGUAGCCUCUGAUCACUGCUCUGAGACUCAGAGUUCAGUUCAGAGUGACACUAAAGAAAGUCAUCCUGAGCCUAUGGCUGCUGAUAAAAGUCAAGGACAAGAAAUUCUUAAAGAGAGAAUGACUGAGAAUCCCCCCAUGGAUGACUUAAAACAAACAGAUACUGAAGAAAAGAACAAUUGCGGUAUCUUGGAAAACAAUGCAAAAACCUCAGAACAAAAACUACCUAAUACAAGAGUGUCUCAGACUGUAUGUGAAAACUCUUUACCAUCCACUGAAAGUGGCUGUGAAGGAGAUGAUACUUUUCCCAUUGCUGCAAAAGUACAGCCAGAAGAAAAUUCUGCAAAACAAGUCUGUGAUCCAGAAAACAACUGCACCUUGAAAAGCUGUUCUGAAUUGGCGUCCCUUCACGAAGAUGAGGGAAAAAGUAUUACUCAGAAAAACACUGAAAGUAAAUCUGAAAACAGGGUCCUGUUUAAUCGGAAGCAAGUCAGUAAAAGUUUAGAACCAUUAAAAACUAUGCUGACUUCAGAAGAAACACUUGAAAGUCAGAGUCUGGAGCAUAUGGAUGGAACAAAUGUUAGUGAUGACUUGGUGAACUCUAAACUUACUGAAGCCAAUGGUGAAAAGCAAAGUCAGGAACAGAAACUAGAGGCAAGUACCAUAAACAAAUGUCUUGAUCAGAUGAAUCUAAAAGGUAUUACUGAUAAAAAGAAUAAUAGGAAUGGAGAAACAGAGACUCUAGAAAAAGAUGAAUCAGCUGCAUUUCAGAUUAAUGGAAAAGACAAUGAGAUUAAAGUAUUGUCAAACGAUGAAUGUUUACUGAAAGAUACCUGUGAUACUAAGGUAGGAAGUGAUAUUGAACCAAAAGUCAAUAAUAUUAGUAAAUCCAUCCCUGAACAUGAAAUAAAACCACUGGCUCUUAAAGAUUCCUCUGUGAAGCCUUUCAUGAAUGGUGAUAUCACUGUACAAGACACAAAUGAAAAAAACAGCUUGGGCACUAGAUCGUGUUCACAGAGUUCGAUGGAGGUAGGUGAUGAAUCUCCAGGAAAUCUUCUGCUUCCAGAUAAAGUGCCCAAAUGUGUGCAAAAUACUGGCGAAAAGCAGCAUUCUCCUGAAAGAGCGGGCUCUGACAGUGCUUUCAUACCAGCACAGCUUUUCUGUAAAGAAAACAACGUGGGCAAUGAGGCAGAAUGCAUGGAAACCGAAACUCCUGAGGAUAAAAAUAUUGCUCCCUCACCUGUAACUUCUUGCGAAGAAUCUAGCUUGAGUAGUGACUUCACCGAUCAGAAUGGCCUGCAGACGUAUAACAAAGUUGACAACAUCAAUGGCGACAAUAAAAUAAAAACUGUUAUUACAGAGGUAACCACCACCACAACAUCGACUGUUUCCACAGAAUCCAAAACUGUAUUUAAAGUAGCAGAGCUGUCACCUUUCAAAGACGAUAAGCAAACGGUGGUGUCAUCCACGGAAAAUUGUGCCAUUUCCACUGUAACAACUACAACCACUGUCACUAAGCUAACCUCGCCAAUCCCUGACAGCAACGUUGACGUCAUCUCUGUUCAGGAGCGUAGUAGUAAAACGGUGGUUACAACAACCGUCACUGAUUCUUUGACUACACCAGAAGGCACGCUAGUGACUUCCAUGACUGUUAGCAAGGAGUAUUCCACAAGAGACAAAGUGAAGUUGAUGAAAUUUUCAAAACCCAAAAAGGCUCGUUCUGGAACUGCCUUACCAUCUUACAGAAAAUUUGUUACCAAAAGCAGUAAAAAGAGCAUAUUUGUUUUACCCAACGAUGACUUAAAAAAGCUGGCCAGGAAAGGAGGUAUUAGGGAGGUUCCCUAUUUCAACUACAAUGCAAAACCUGCUGUGGAUAUCUGGCCCUAUCCAUCCCCAAGACCAACUUUUGGUAUCACUUGGAGAUACCGACUUCAAACUGUAAAAUCUUUGGCUGGGGUGAGCCUUAUGUUGAGGUUACUGUGGGCCAGCUUACGGUGGGAUGAUAUGGCUGCCAAAGCUCCACCUGGCGGAGGAACUACACGUACAGAAACAUCUGAAACCGAAAUUACAACUACAGAAAUAAUUAAGCGGAGAGAUGUUGGCCCAUAUGGAAUUCGUUCAGAGUACUGUAUCAGAAAAAUAAUUUGCCCUAUUGGUGUACCAGAAGCUCCAAAAGAAACUCCAACACCUCAGAGGAAGGGCCUUCGAUCAAGUGCACUAAGGCCAAAGAGGCCAGAAACACCAAAGCAAACAGGCCCUGUUAUAAUUGAAACGUGGGUAGCAGAGGAAGAAUUGGAAUUAUGGGAAAUCAGGGCAUUUGCUGAAAGGGUGGAGAAAGAAAAGGCACAGGCAGUUGAACAGCAGGCUAAGGUUAGUGAACAGAAGAAGGCCGAGGAAUUCAAGGCCCAAAUGGAGGCUCAGCUAAAACAACAACGAUUGGCUGCCCAGCAGAAACGACUGGAGCAACAAAAGCAAUUACCCACAGGAGGUGCAGCCACUACAGUCACUACAGCUAGCAGCACUGCAACCGCUGUCUCCACUCCACAGAAGGUUAUGGUAGGCCCAUUAACAGGCCCAGUUCCCACUGGAACCAAAGUUGUGCUUACUACUAAAGUGGGUUCUCCAGCUACAGUAACAUUCCAGCAGAGCAAAAACUUCCACCAGACUUUUGCUACUUGGGUUAAGCAAGGCCAGUCUUCAUCAGCUACCAGCACUCCUGCCACAUCAGCCACAACCAUUGCCAGCACAGGACAGACGUUCCAGAUCUCAGGCAGUCCAGUAACUAUGGCAGGCAAAGUGAUAACAAAGCUUCCACUUCCUGCAAAUAGCAAGAUUGUUGCUGUCAAUGUGCCAUCAACUCAAGGAGGUAUGGUUCAAGUUCAGCAAAAGGUGUUGGGUAUCAUUCCAUCAACUACAGGUGCAAAUCAGCAAACAUUUACUUCAUUCCAGCCAAGGACAGCAACUGUAACUAUUCGGCCAAAUACUACAGGGACAGUAGGAACAACAACAACUUCACAAGUAAUGCCAGGGACACCACUCCGUCCUGGUAUGACAGUAAUAAGGGCACCACUUCAGCAGUCAACAUUAGGGAAGACCAUCAUUCGAACACCACUAGUGGUGCAGCAAGGUAUUCUUCCAGCCAGUCAGACUCAACAGGUGGUGACUCAGAUAAUCAGAGGUCAGCCUGUCUCAACUGCAGUAUCUAGUACCAGCACAGCUUCUUCCAGUUCUGGACAAAAGACUGUAACAGCUCCUGGAACACCUCCACAGCCAAUACAGCCCCAAACCUCAACUCCCCAAACCCCUCGUCCCCAGCAGGGGCAAGUGAAACUUACCAUGGCCCAGCUUACACAGCUAACGCAAGGACAGGGUGGCAGUCAAGGGUUGACUGUGGUAAUUCAGGGACAGGGACAAACUACUGGUCAGUUACAGCUGAUCCCUCAGGGAAUGACUGUAAUACCGGGUCCAGGGCAACAGCUAAUGCAAGCAGCUAUGCCAAACGGUACAAUUCAAAGGUUUCUUUUCACCCCGCUACCAGCAGCAGCUACUACAGCCAGCACUACUACUACAACAGUUUCCACUUCAACAUCAGCUACAGGGGAACAGAAACAAGCCUCACAAGCUCAGGCACAACCACCACCAGUCCUGCCUCCAAUUCAGCCCCAGUCUCAGAAUCAACUGCAGACCCAGCUGCAGGCACAGACACAGUGUGUUCAGCCUCAGCCCCCAGCCCAACCACAGACUGCUCAGGCCGGAGUUCAGCCUGAAGUUCAGACACAGCCUGAAUCUCAGACUCCAACAUCCAUUCAGUCUCCAGACACAUCAGAAGCACAGCCUGUCAUGACACAGUCAGCUAAAUCACCAGUCACCGUUCAUUCUCCUACACAGACCCAGGUUCCAGGGCAGUCUCAACUUCAAGUCCAGAGUCAGCCACAGACAGUCAUUCAAGCCCAGCCCCAGCUCCAGGCUCCGCAGCAAGCCCCGGUGCAGACUACAUCACAACAGCCGAUUCAGAUGCAGCCCCAUACUUCUAUACAGAUUCAAGCUCAGCUGCAACAACAACCCCAAUCCCAGGUUCAGACUUCAGUCCAAACCCUUCCAGCUACACAAAGUUUAAGCCAAGUUACUGUACAGUCUCCAUCUCGCCCUCAGCUGCAGAUUCAGCAGCCUCCAACCAAGGUUAUUACUGUACCUCAGCUUCAGCAACAAGUCCAGGUUCUUUCUCAACUUCAAUCUCAUGUUGUGGCUCAGAUACAGGCCCAGCAGGGCAGUGUUCCUCAGCAAAUCAAGCUUCAGCUACCUAUUCAAAUUCAGCAGACGAGCCCUGUACAGGCUCACCAAAUUCAGAAUGUGGUAACGGUUCAAGCAGCUAGUGUUCAAGAGCAGCUGCAGAGGGUUCAGCAGCUCAGGGAGCAACAGCAGAAGAAAAAGCAGAUAGAAAUUAAACGUGAACACACCCUUCAAGCUUCUAAUCAAAGUGACAUUAUCCAGAAACAGGUGGUGAUGAAACACAAUGCUGUGAUAGAGCACUUGAAGCAGAAAAAGACUCUGACCCCUGCAGAACGAGAGGAAAAUCAGAGAAUGAUAGUGUGUAACCAAGUGAUGAAGUAUAUUUUGGAUAAGAUAGAUAAAGAAGAAAAACAGGCAGCAAAGAAACGGAAGAGAGAAGAGAGCGUAGAGCAGAAGCGUAGCAAACAGAAUGCUACCAAGCUCUCGGCUCUGCUUUUCAAACACAAAGAACAGCUGAAAGCUGAAAUACUGAAAAAAAGAGCACUUCUGGACAAAGACCUACAAAUUGAAGUGCAGGAAGAGCUAAAGAAGGACCUGACGAAAAUUAAGAAAGAAAAAGAAAAAGCACAGGCAGCUGCUGCUGCUGCUGCAGUGGCGGCAGCACACACAACCAGCAUCCCAUCCCCAACCACACCCCCCACGCCACUAUCUUCCCAGAAGAGAAAACGAGAGGAGGAGAAAGAGUCUUCGGCUUCCAAGUCCAAGAAAAAAAAAAUGAUCUCUACUACCUCAAAGGAAACCAAGAAGGACACAAAGCUUUACUGCAUCUGUAAAACGCCUUAUGAUGAUUCUAAAUUUUACAUUGGCUGUGACCGAUGUCAGAACUGGUAUCACGGGCGCUGUGUCGGUAUUUUGCAAAGUGAGGCAGAUCUCAUUGAUGAGUAUGUCUGUCCUCAGUGUCAGUCUACAGAAGAUGCCAUGACCGUACUCAGUCCACUGACUGAUAAAGAUUACGAGGGAUUAAAAAGAGUACUACGUUCUUUACAGGCUCAUAAGAUGGCGUGGCCAUUCCUAGAACCAGUGGAUCCCAAUGAUGCACCAGAUUAUUAUGGUGUUAUCAAAGAACCUAUGGACCUUGCUACCAUGGAAGAGAGAAUACUGAAGCGUUACUACAAAAAAGUGACAGAGUUUGUGGCGGAUAUGACCAAAAUUUUUGAUAACUGUCGUUACUACAAUCCAAGUGACUCCCCCUUCUACCAGUGUGCAGAGGUUCUUGAAUCAUUCUUUGUACAGAAGCUAAAAGGUUUCAAGGCAAGCAGGUCUCAUAACAACAAACUGCAGUCUACAGCUUCUUAGAGUUCAGCGUGUUAAUGUAACACACAGAGCAAGAAUCUGGUUGUCUGAAAAUUUUUAAUUAAGAAGCCAGAUGUUUUUAGUCAGGUUACCCUGACGAGACUUGAUGUAAACUGCCUUUUUAUUGGUCACAACAGUCAAAUUAUAUUCUUGGCUUAUUUUGUCCAAAGGACAAAGGAAUAAAAAUCAGCAGCACCACUUUCUUGUCAAGAUCAAAUUGUUGUACUAUUGUGGCAGAAGCAGGAAAACUGUCUUUUGUUGAAGGAGAGAGAAAGCAAGCAAGCAAGCAAGAAAAAGAUACAGUAAAUGGAGUCAAAUUUAACUCCAUGGAAAUGCCACGUCUGUUCUUCAGUGAAGAAGCUGGUUUAAAGUCCACACAGAAAACUUUGACUGUAUUUAUUUAUUGUUGCAAAAAAGACGCUUUUUUAUUGCUGCCCUCAUUUGUCAGCUAAUUAUUUUUUCUUAUAAAAUCCAGCCCCGGUUACAUGUAAUCCAUUCUGUAUCUUAACAUGAUUCCUGUAGGUAAAAGUACAAGACCUCUAGAUGUCUUUUCUUUCUAUGAAAGGAGCUGCUAUGUACACAUGUGCACACAGACAACUGGGAAUCAACAAUGAGUUUAUCAUUCAUGGUAGAUAAAAACAAUUAAGCUUGCAUAAAAGUUGGGCUAAGUGGUCAUGGACUACAGACUGUUGCCUUGAAUAUAACAGUACAAUUUGUCAUUUACUCUGCACCAGACUGAAAUGAGUAAAAUCUAUUUGAAGGUAUCUUGUUUGUAAACAUUUGUCAGAUUCUAAUUUUUUUCUUUUGUAUUAAAAUUCAAAAUAUGGAUGUAUAUGAAACAAAAUAAAUGGAGAUAAUUGUUCUCCCCACAGAUGUAGGUGUCUUUUGAAUGUGCGCUAAUAUGUUUGUGAUGUUUGGGGGGGGUCCUGUUCUAAUAUGUAAGUAUCCCGAGUAGUAAGGGAGGGAAAGGUAAGAUGAGUGGAAGGGAAAUGUGACUUUAUUUUUGCUACAACAGUAGCGUUUAUUUCUUUGUAUUCUUAAGCAACUGCUACCCCUUAAAAAAUCUACAAUGGUGCCAAUAAUUGCGUAUCAGAUACUAAAGGAAGUAACAUAAGACAUUUCAUUGUCGACUCCUGAAUUAAAGUAGUGAGCAAAGUAUCAUCAAGGGAUGAAAAAGUACUAAGUAUUUGUAAUUAUAUCUAUGAAGGGCAUUGUAAGUGGUUUUGUCUCUUCCUAUACAAGGAAAGCCAGUGUGAGGGAUAAAUGGAAGCCAACAGAGCGAGAUGUGAUUUGCACUUCUCUCUCGACUCUCUCUCUCUCUCUCUCACCCCCAUUGCACGUUACUUAUGUAACUGACCUUUUCUUAUUAACCAUUUCCAAUAAAUCAUCCAAGAUUUCUGCAGCUCUACAACCAUUUUACUAGAUUUUGCACUAAUU